GUCUGGCCGCGCGGGGCUGAGGUGCCAUGGCUGCUACGUUCUUUGGUGAGGUGGUGAAGGGGCCAUGCCGAGCUGGGACUGAGGAGGAGGAAGAGGAGGAGGAGCAGAGCAGGCGGGACACGCCGGAGGACCGGGAGGUCCGGCGGAAGCUUGCGCGGAAGAGGGAGGUGAAGCUUCUCCGAAGACAGACAGAAACAUGUCUGGAGGCUGUGCUCCUAGAGAAGCACCCUUGCUCCAAGUUCAUCCUUGCAGUAGGAAGUAACGCCACGGCGUUCCUUUCAUCGUUUGUUAUGAACUCAGGAGUCUGGGAAGAAGUCGGUUGUGCUAAGCUCUGGAAUGAAUGGUGCAGAACUACAGACACUGUCCACCUGUCCCCUACAGAUGUUUUCUGUGUGUUUUAUCAACUGAAAUCAGAUCCCUCGGUUCUUCUCUGCCAGUGUAGCUGCUACAUUGCUGAGGAUCAGCAGUUCCAGUGGUUGGAGAAGGUUUUCGGCUUCCGACCCAGAAAGAACAUGCAGGUAACAGUUCUCACGUGUCGACACAUCACAGAGUAUAAGACCUGCGAGUCUACCUACAACCUUUCUUCUCCUUUCCUGAGAGCCCUAAAAACUCAGAAAUUCAAAGAUACCGUCUACUGCCCACUGCUGGAACAGCCGAACAUUGUGCACGGCCUGUCUGCAGCAGUUCUGAGCUACUGUCAAGUGUGGAAAGUCCCUGCGGUUCUGUAUGUGUGCUACACGGAUGUGAUGAAGUUGGACCUUGUCACAGUCGAAGCUUUUAAGCCCAUCUUUUCGUCCAGGAGCUUGAAAUGCUUGGUGAAGAACAUCCCUGAAAGCACAGAAAUACUGAAGAAGCUGAUGACUACAAAUGAGAUUCAGAGCAACAUUUACACAUGACCCCACAGAUGUAGCCAUGACCUGCCUGUCCAGGGGCAGCCACUGCUGUUUUGUACUUUAUUCUGGCCUGGGAUGUUUUGAGGGUAAUAAAAAAUUUAAAAUUAACUGUAA